AUGUUGGAGGCUAUAUAUGUAGCUGGCAAUGAAGUCGAACAUACAAGCACAAAUGAUAAUUAUUAUAUAUUGGCAGAUAAUGAUAUCCCCACCCCAGAGGUUGCUGAUGUAUAUUCUGUAUCUGAUCCGAUCCAUGCUGAAAACUCUGCCAUGUACACAACCUCAGGGGAAAAUGCUGAAAAUGGUACCACUACUGAAAACAGUGAAGAUGAAACACAAGUCAAGCAAGCAGUGACUAUGAGUUUUAACUCCAACAGAAAGGCUAACAAAUCUCAGCCCCACACAACACAAGAUAAAGGUUAUAAUGAGACUAGGCACAGACACAUCAAACCUUAUACUUUUAAAAUCAUUAAAAAAGGAAAAAGUAAAGUGACUGACAAUGGUGACGUUGAACCUUACGCUGUUGCAAACAUGUCCGAUCACAUGGCCUGUCUCAGCAGAACAAAUAACAUGCGCCAAAGGGCUUCAGAUGACUCCAGGCAUGACACUUUCGUACACAAGCUCCGAAACCCUACAAAGGCAGACAGUAAAGCGACUGAUGAUGGUGACAUUGAACCUUACGCUGUUACAAACAUGUGGGAGAAUGAAACCUAUCUCAGAGCAACAACAAACGUUUGCAAAAAGGCUUCAGAUCUAGAUGACUCUAGACCUGACACCACCGAACAUGUAAAGAAGCUUCGCAAUCCACCAAAGGCAACAAGACUUCUUCCAAAUCCGAUACUAAGCAAGAAGCUUGGGACCACUGAUGGUACCACCCCGCCCAGCCUUGGGACCACUGAUGGUACCACCCCGCCCAGCCUUGGGACCACUGCUAAAAUUCAAAAUGCUGUCCCUCAAGUGAAAAAGAAUGUCACCUUUGGCACGUAUGGAAAAGGCCCCCCUGGGCAGUUUAAGUAUGCGUCACUGAGUGGCCUGGCCGUGUCCUCGACUAACGAGAUAUUUGUGGCUGACGGGAACAAAAUAAUUAAGGUCUUCAGCAUAAAGGGAGUUUUCCUUCGCAGUUUCCCCACAGGAAACAUGAAACCUCGUGCCAUGUGCAUGGGCCACAACGACACCCUGUGGGUCGCAUCGUACUCACCACAUUUCAGCACUGCAUGGUUCAGUCCUACUUACACACAGACAGAGGCAACACCAUGGCUGACGUGUGACAUGACCGGGUUUGGAUCAAGUAAGCACACAACUCUACCACGGCAUGUCACCGUGGACAAGAAAGGGAACAUCUUUAUCGCAGACAGCCGUGAACAUCAUGUAGAAAAGUAUGACAAGAACGGAGUCUACCUGUCCAGUUUUGGUAGUAGAGGUACCGGAGCAGGAAAUCUUUAUUUCCCCCAAGGAAUCUGUGUGGACAGUUCGGGGCGUGUGAUUGUGGCUGAUAGUAGGAACAGCCGAGUGGACAUGUUCACAGCUGAGGGAAACCACAUCCGCACCGUAGCUUACCUUACUCGACCCAAGCAUGUUGCUACAGGUGGGGAGGGGCAGCUUGUGGUGUCACAUCAGCAUGACUUCAUAACCAUCUAUCCCAAUUAUUAG